CGCCGCAGCUUUCGUACGGAGCGCACGCCGACGUCACUCGCGGUUCACGGCCGCCUCGCGAUACGCACGAGUGUUGAAACUUGAAAUUCAGUAAAAAAUAUCCUAGUGCUAUUAUUAUUGACGUGCAGCAACAGCGACGAUGCGGAACUUCGUACGAUCACUAGUGCUACUGCUUUCUGUGGCAGCUACCUUCGCCGCGCCGUCACCAGCUUCCAGCGUCAGCUCAGACAACAAUGUGGACAAGACGGAGCCCUCAACACAUGAGCUGCUCAGUUCACUCGGCUUGAAAAAGCUGAGGAUACCUGCAGCUCACCACAGGAAACGGCUCGCUGAACAAGGAAGAAGGCACGCUACUGGCGACUCAAGGAUGUACGUCAUCAAACUGCCUCCGAACACGAGCUACUACAGCCACGCGGAGCCAGCGCCAGCCGCCGCAAGGACCCUGCCACUACAAAUGACCAGUAAUGGCAAACCUGCUCGCGUCUAUCAUUGGAACAUUCCAGUGCUACAGAAGUUCGCGAAAAACCGACCACAGGCGAGGUUUGACGAUGAUAUAGUGGACGUCGAGAGCACGCCAACAUGGCCCAAAGCUAUUAGUCAUCCGAACUCGCUUGACGCCUUAGCGUAUUAUGUGCCAGCAAAGAAAACCUCUUUCAGAAAAUAUUUCUCCGGCAAUGGCAAACCUAAAUCCUUCUACAUAAUCGAGAAGAAUAAGAAAUCUGCCGAGUAUCAUAAAUUACUGCCUUAAUCGGAUUACCUGUACGUCGCCGGUAGAUAUAAAAGUGAAUACAUGCCUAUACAAUCAAUUGAGUAAGUCUCAGAGUCCAUCGCCGACCAAAAUAUCGGAUCAAAAACUUAUUUAUUUUAUCCUUCUUCAAAUUAUCUGUCAUUAUUGACGAUGUAAUCAAAAUUUUAAUCAUAUGUAAUUAUUUGAAUUAAUUGAUUUGUUCGAGUAUGGAAGGAUUUAAAUUAUUUUUAACUUAUAGUUUUUAAGAUAAAAUAGAGCUAAGCUCUGCAGUCUUACUUUCGAUGCUGAUUCGAUUUGCGUCUAAAUUAGGUUCAUCAAUACCCUUUGAAGCUAUCGUUUCAGCAUUGACAAUACUUUCCAUAUUGAGUCAUUCCGCUAAGAAGACAACUAGUUCAAACAUAUUGUAUACAUCUUAGUCACUCGACAUAGUUGGUUGAGGUGCUCAAUCAUCGAAUGUGCACUAUGUGACGUUACAUUUAGACGACACUGCAUUGUAUUGGUUUCACAAAACGUGCGAUUAUUGAGUGUCUGGAAACUGAAAACAUACUGAUGAAUUUUCUGGACGCAGAGUCAAUUGUAAAUCCAUCUGAGGCCGCUACCAUGGGUACUUACCUGUAUUUCAAGUAACUCGAUUAUCAUUAACACCCACAAUUAUUGCAUAAUGACUGUGAGAACCACA